AUGUCCAACGUGACGCUCGGUGACGUCCCGCGGUCGAUCGAAAACUUCGCGCGACGAUGCGCGACGCGCGACGGCGAGGAAUCGAUCGUGAGCGCGGAUGGUGGACGUCCAUCGAACGGUCAGCGCGCGAUUCUUCGAGCGGUGUCGCACUUGCGGUUGCGCUCGGCGGAUGAUUACGCGGUGUGCGCGUUUAUGCUCGACUGCGGGCAGUCGAUACCGCUGCACAAUCAUCCGGAUAUGUGCGUGCACAUGCGCGUGUUAUUCGGGCGGGCGCACGUGCGGGCGUUUGAUUUUGUACACGACAAUGUCCACUCGGAGUUGUCGACCAAGGAGGCGACGGCUGGGAAUGGGAGGCGGCAUCAAGCGAGGCUGGUGUUUGACGAGACGGUUUUCGAGAGCGGACGAGGCGGCGCGUUCACGCUCGAGCCUCAUCGUUGUAACGUGCACGAAAUUCGGGCGGUGACGCCGUGCGCGAUAUUAGAAGUGCAAACGCCACCGUACGCGGUCGAUGGUGGGCGGGACUGUCAUUAUUUCGAGGAGGUGGAGCAAGCGUCGGCGACGGAGUUUUUGUUGAGAGAAAUCGGGUGCCCAGAUACGUUUGAGUGCGUAAGGUUCAAUCGUCACGGCGAAUUCGAUGCAUACACAUAG